UUGUAUGUUGAUGGCAGCAGCUGUUACUGCAGCAAGAGCCUCCUGGCUGCAGCCUCUUGCAACGCACACUAGACCCCUGAGUCAAUUUCCGACUAGAGCAGAACAGCUUGAGUCAGUGAGCUCAGCACUGGACAGAGGGUAGCAGCACUGUGCAUGCUAGCAGUAUACACAAUCAGACAAUCGGAAAGGAUACCUCACAGCAAGCUCCUGGAACGUGGGAUAUAACACAGGAACAGGAAUCACACUGCUUCCAGCAAGUGUCCUCUAACCCCACCACAGCUCUUAUUUGCCUAUUUACCAAGCAUAUUCACAAUGAGCCGAAGAGUUGUGCGCCAAAGUAAAUUCCGACACAUUUUUGGACAGCCUGUUAAAGCCGACCAAAUGUAUGAAGACAUCCGUGUGUCUAAGGUGACAUGGGACAGCUCUUUUUGUGCGGUCAAUCCCAAGUUUUUGGCUAUUAUUGUGGAGUCCAGUGGUGGAGGAGCUUUUAUAGUGUUGCCACUAGCCAAGACAGGACGUGUGGAUAAAAAUCAUCCUACAGUCAGUGGUCAUACAGCUCCGGUGUUAGACAUUGAUUGGUGUCCCCAUAAUGAUAACGUCAUUGCCAGUGCUUCUGAUGAUACCACUAUUAUGGUUUGGCAGAUACCAGACUAUACACCAGUGCGAUCGAUAACAGAACCCAUUGUGACGCUGGAGGGUCACUCAAAGCGCGUGGGGAUCAUCAAAUGGCACCCGUCUGCUCGUAACGUAUUACUCAGUGCAGGUAGUGAUAAUGUAAUCAUUAUCUGGAAUGUGGGCACCGGAGAGGCUGUUAUUUCGUUAGAUGAGCUUCACACUGACCUCAUUUACAGUGUCUGCUGGAAUUAUAAUGGAAGCCUCUUCACUACCACUUGCAAGGACAAGAAGGUGCGGGUCAUCGAUCCUCGGAAGCAAGAAAUAGUUGCAGAGAAAAUGACCCCCCACGAGGGGAUGAGACCUAUGAGAGCCAUCUUUACCAGAGAUGGAAAUAUCUUUACUACAGGCUUUACACGGAUGAGUCAGAGAGAGCUGGGCUUAUGGGACCCGAAAAACUUUGAUGAACCCAUAGCCUUGCAAGAAAUGGACACAAGCAAUGGAGUGCUACUCCCUUUCUAUGAUUCUGAUUCAAAUAUUGUCUACCUCUGUGGAAAGGGAGAUAGCAGCAUCCGAUACUUUGAAAUAACUUCUGAGGCACCCUAUGUCCAUUACCUAAGCACCUUCAGUAGCAAGGAGCCUCAAAGAGGAAUGGGGUUUAUGCCUAAAAGGGGCUUGGAUGUCAGUAAAUGUGAAAUUGCCAGGUUUUUUAAACUACACGAAAGAAAGUGUGAGCCCAUCGUCAUGACCGUCCCCCGAAAGUCCGAUCUAUUCCAAGAUGACCUAUAUCCAGACACUCCGGGGCCCGAACCAGCCAUUGAAGCAGAUGAAUGGUUUUCAGGACAGGAUGCUGACCCUAUUUUGGUGUCUCUCAGGGAUGGCUAUAUACCAAUAAAGAAUAGAGAACUUAAGGUCACAAAGAAGAACAUCCUAGACAACAAACCCCCAUCAACACCUAGAAGAAGUUUCUCCUCUUGUGACUCUGGCUUCUCGCGUGUCUCGCUUGAAGAUCUUCUAGAAGAAAUCAAGAACCUGAGGGCAAUUGUUGACUCUCAAGAGAAGCGAAUUUCAGGCCUGGAAAACCUGCUUCUUGAAAUCGCCAAUGGCACAGCAUGAGCCUUCUGAUUGGAGGAUAUCCUAUACAACCCAAAAUGCACUACAAGAACCACAUGCCGUCCCUUGCCAAAACAUAAAAAUAACACAAUUCUAAUUAAGUUCUUUACAGGGGGCUGAAACCUCUUGAUGGGCUUCAAACCAAUGUUCUAAGCUGGAGCCUCCUUUCCUUGUUUACUUACAAGGAUCUUCUGCUAGGGAACGGGGUCAGUUAGCCAAAUGGAAAGUGAGGGGGAGAGGGAGAAUAUAUUUUGCAAAGCACUAAGGACUUGUUUGGUUGGAGAGAGGUUCCUGAGCUGCAUUGCACAAUGGAGGAAAGAUUUAGCAAGCUGGAAGCCAACUAGAUUCAGCAAUUCUUUUGUGACUACUUCCAGUUUGUUAAGAGGUCUUAACUCACUGUAUUAGAAGCAUUGACAGCUCUCUCUCCAUCAUUUGUUUUAUUUCAUGACUUCAUUAAAUUGAGGCAAUUUGUGUGAAUAUGCUAAUGAACAAUCAGGGCACAAGAUGUGGUGUAAAAUUGUGGCCAUAUUAUUUUUUUUUUUUAAAAAGCAAUACAAAAUAAUAAUUUUGUAACAAACAACAAGGAAUUUCUGGACUAACGAUACAGUAAUGCAAUUUGUGGUGUGUAUUCAUAUGUGUAUGUAUAAUAUAUUUUAAUAUAUAUAUUUAGCACACACAUACACAAAUAUUCAGUAUUUCAGUUUUAAAAUGCAAACUCCAUAUUGAUGUCUAAUAUAUUAUUGUUAAAUAGUUUCAGAGCCAUCUGGAUUUAAAUAUGUUAUUUUUUAUCGUUUUUUUUUUUUUAUCCUUCUUAGUUCUUAACCAGCUUUUGUCUUGUUACACAAGAGUAGCUCGCACAAGAGUUUAUUUAAGGCAUCAAAGACAAAUAUAACAACGGAAUUUUAGUUAAAUAAAACUUUUAUCAAAAACCUCAAAUAGUGGUGCAUGGUGACAUCAUAGCAUAAUAGAAUACUAAGAAGGAGUAUCAGAAUUGAUCUAGUGAUAUUUUUAUUAUGUGAACAUCCAAUAAUCAAUUGUAAAAGUAAUGAAAAGCUAUGAGACACCAUGACUAAUAUGGUUUUAAAAUUCAAGGCCAAAAUGCAUAUAAUGUUGAAAAACUAACAGAGAGCAGUGUUUGGAGAAUUUUGAAGGUUUUCAGAUAAGCAGGUCAUUAGUGUAAGUAAAUGUAAGUCAUUCUGGGUAAAUCCUAUGAACCCCUUAACAAGCACAUUGUACAAUGUACAUUGCUGGUCGUUGAGGGUUUUCUUGAUUAUAAUAGUGCAGGGCCUGCCGCAAGCGGUGGGACCUCACAAAUUAUACCCUCCCUCCCUUCCUCCUGCUGGCCAACGGAAAUAUCAUGGUCUCGUCGCUGGCGGCAAGACCAGACUAUUAAUAAUGCAAUACCUUAAGGGGUCAAUUGCAGAUUAUGUGGUUAGGGUACUGGUUUAAGAACUUGAAAAGUUAGCUGAUUACAAAGGAGCUCUGUGUCUUUGAAUGUUAUUGGUUGGAGCAUCUGUCUUUAUGCAUUUGUGAUGUGUCACCCAACAUUUAUGUGAUCCACAAAGACAUUUAAUUAACUAUACACAUUUGCUGUCAUAAUGACCACUGUUAUGAAAUUUCUCACCCUACUUGAAAGACUAAGCUAUUUAAUUUGCCUUAUGGCAUUCAAGUCUGCAUAAUCCACAUAUAGAUGAAUUCUUCCCCUGUAUUAUAGACAGGUUAGGCCCAUCUGCUAUACAUAUCUGUACUGUAGUUUCUAGACAUUUUUAGCUAAGAUAUUUUUUUCCUUUGUCCAUUUUUUAUCUUAUAUAUGCUGAAUAAUCUGCUUACUUUGGUGCAGUAUUUGUGAAUAUAUUUUCCUACUAAUUUAUGAGAGUUUGUGUUUGUUUCUAAACACAAAAUAAGUAUUAAAAGAAUCUAUAAAAAGACUUGCUGUAUUUUGACAUAAAUAAGAUGGCUACCUCCUGACACCACUGUGUUAAAAUAUUUUUUUUUUAAAUAGUAAUAAACAUGCUUAAACCCAUUUAAAUCUGUCAUUUAAUGGCCUCACAUGUGCAAGACAUAUGAUUCAUGGAUGUCAACAAAGUGCAAUAAUUAAUUGUGUAUGUGAUAGAAUAUUAUAUUAUUAAGAAAGUGACAUUAUGAAGACUGCACUAUUUGCCAUUCAAAUGCAUCCCAAGUCCAUUGUAAACAUAAAUCAUUAUUAUUAUUAUUAUUAUUAUUUUCCUUCUAUUGGCAGUGAGAGUCCACAAGAACACAAGAGGAGGCAAAGACACCCCAAACAAAACUAUAAAUAUCCCUCCCACCUCCCCUACCCUCCAGUAGUUCUUUGCCUCGUAUCAUGGAGGUAGGCAGGGAGAGGUGCUCUGUAGAGAAGAAAAGUGUUUUUCAUGGAUUGGCUCAGGAGAUCAUAUAUCCAUAAAAAUCUCAGAGUAUUGGUAUAUAUAAUACUGGUUGACACUGGAUUUCUCAUGCCGCUUUCCAGUCUAAAUGAUCCCCUGUCUGAUAACGAGGUGUGUUUCACACUAAAUUACAGACUCAUUAUAGGUAAGUUGUCCCCUUUUUUAACGGCAUCUUGUCUAAUAAAGAGGUGGUGUAAAUCUGGUCCCUGCACUCAGGAUGCGUUUACUGUGCGUUUUCCUACCCCCUUUUUGCCCAAUAGUAGCUUGCCACAAAAUACCCGGAGUACCGGGGACGGCUGAGAGAUGCUUCAGCAGAUUGGGAUGCAGGACACUGACAAGCAUUUGUCCUCUAUGGAUGUUAUAUUACACAGUUAUAGUCACAAUUAGGUGACUGUAUAUGGCCGCACUCCUUACUGGUUCUCCGGUCACUUUGGUUAUGUCGUGCAGACUGCCCAAAGUGGGCUAUUGGGUUACUACAGACCGCAAACUUUGUUCUGAUACAGUUGAAAGGUGGUGGGGGGAGACACUGUAUCCCACCGUAGGCAGUGCUUUCGCUCCAUUUCUGCCCCAGAUUUGCUGUGCAAUAGCCCUGUGGAAGAGCGGUAACAACAUGGCUCGGCCAGAUAUGAGGUGGUAAGGUGCCUUAAACUGGGCUUUCAAGGAGUCAGCUCUUUGGUGCUUGGGACAGAUAUCCCUCUGUGCUGUUAAUGAUGUCUCACCCUACUACAAUGGACGAAUCCAUGGAGAGUCUGGAGGAAUCUUCAUCGGGGGGUUCCGUUAUUGAUAAUAAAUGCAUGCUCUGUAAAUUAAUUUCUGUGAACCCUUUGGCACAACUCUGUAAUUGCUGCCAAACAUGUGUCCUGAGAUCUUACUCGGGAGGCCAAAACGGUCAGACGUCGGAGGAGCAGCCCCAUACCCGGUCUAAAGUAGGUAUUACUACAACUUCACAGGUCUCAUUUGCGAUGGAUAUUCCUGUCAAAGAGCCCAUGAGGGUGACUUCUGUUGCUCCAGGAAGUGGUGCGGAGAUCGACUCAACCUCAGCUGGGGUGAGAAUAUUCAUAGAUGACCAUAUGGCCUGUAUAUGGGUGGCUGUGUCGGAUGCCCUAAGCGAUAUCCAUGUAUCAGGGAAUAGAAUGAGGGAGAUGAAAUAUUGUUCUCCAGUUUAUAGCCGAGUGUGGUGGGGGAGGCCAUGACUGAUGACUUUGGGCAGCUUUCUGUGGAGGAACACUUAGUUGGCUUGGAGAAAGAACUUUUUUUCAUUUGCCCCUCCGGAGAGAGAGGCGGAAAAGUACUCUGUGGAAGGGAUGCUCAAGUUCGAUGCAGAGCAGCUUGGGCUCCUGUUUGAAAUGGUCUUAUCUACCCCAGAGGUUCCGGCGAAUAUGCCAUCUAAGGAGGGGCAGGUUCCAAGACUGGAAUUGGGGUCUAGCCCUAGGGCCCCUGAUGUGUUUCCUGGAUCCCCCAUGAUUGCUUAAAUCAUCUCUAGAGAAUGGGAAAGGCCAGGGUGCUCUUUUGUCUUCUCUGAGGCAUUUAAGAGUUCACUGUUCCAGAUAACCAUGCAGAGGUUUGGAACAGUGUUCCUUCUGUGGAUAGUGCUAUAUCCACUCUAGACAAGCACAGUAAUAUCCUGCUUACAGAGAAUUCCUUUGAGGAUCUUGCAAAUAGAGAUCUGGAGUGAUACCUCAAGGUGUUGUUUCUCCAGUCAGACGCUCUGUUUCAACCAGCAGUGGGAAUCACGGUGGCAGCCAAGUCCUGGUCUGACUCCAUGGUGGAUAUGAUUACUGUGGAGACUCGCCUGGAGGAGAUCCAUGAUCAUGUUCAAUUACUGGGGCUAGCUAAUGCCUACUUCAAGGAGGUUAUCGUUAAAAUUGUUCUCAUUAACGCUAAGAAUUCCGGCUUUGUGGUCCUGGCUAGACGGGCCCUGUGGCUUAUGUCAUGGUCAGUGAAUAAUAGAGUCUAGUCUUUUAUCUUUGCCCUUCAAGUGCAAGUCCUUGUUUGGUCUGGCCAUGGACUCGCCCAUUGCCACAGUCAUGGGUGGCAGAGGAGCUUCCCUACAUCAAGAUAAGAGAUAUAAUUUUAGAAAGAGGAGCACAGAGGUGCAUAAAAUUGAAUCCCUAGGGCAAAAAGAAUCCUCCUGGGGGUGGCAUAGGGUUGGACAGCCUGAGAAGUCAUCCCAAGAUCGCUAGUCAGCAUGAUGGGAUCAUCCCUGACCUGGAUCCAGGUCGCGUGGGGCAGACUUUAUUUGUUUCAGAAGGAUUGGUCUCAGUUCAGCUGGGAUCCCUGGGUACUGUACAUUAUCCACCAGGGCUACAGAAUCGAUUUUCAGUCCUGUCCCCCAAGGGAUCAUUUCUUGCCGUCAAGGGUUCCAGAAAACCCUGUAAGAAGGUCGUUGUGUGGAUGACCUUAUCCCUAUGGGAGCUUUAGUCCCAGUCUCCCCAGCUGAGAGGGGAAAGGGGUUCUACUCUGCCCUCUACAUGGUUCCUGAGAAGGAGGGUUUGUUCCGUCCUAUUUUGGACUUGAAGGAAUUUAACAGAUCCAUACAGGUUCUGAUCUUUAAAAAAAAAAAAAAAAAAAGCAUUGAAACAUACAAUAAAAGAUACAAUCAAUGUAUAAGUGUCAAAACACAACAGUUGUUAAAGUUUAUACACUAUGAUACUUUAUUGCCACCUUAAAUACAAAAACAAACGUGGGCCCACUUAUACAAGAUCAUAUCAAUCAUUAUGAGUUCAUCAGGGAACGAAUAUUCAAAGUCCCCAAAGACUAAAGAAGAUUAUUCCCAAGAUAAUAGUAUAUUUCUCUGACAGUCAGAUCAAAUAUUAGGCUUUGGCGUUCUAUUCAGUGGGGGAAUAUAUAUAUAUAUAUAUAUAUAUAUAUAUAUAACAAAAACAAGAACUGCAUUCACUGGAUUACUGAGAAAUUGUAUUAAAGUAUACAAUUUUUCAGUAAUCCAUUGAGUGCAGUUCCUGUUUUUGCUAUAUCAAGCUUUUUAGCUUAGCACCCUGGUUGUUGUCUAUUUGCAGUGGGAGUGCAGAUACAUAUGGACUAUGUGUGUAUAUAUACAUAUAUAUGUGUUUCUAUAUACAGUAUAUAGAUAUAUAUAUAUAUAUAUAUAUAUAUACAUAUAUAUAUAUAUAUAUAUUUGUGUGUGUAUAUGUGUGUGUGUUUGUAUAUAUGUAUGUAUGUGUGUGUAUAAAUAUAUAUAUAUAUAUGUAUGUGUGUAUACAGUGUAUAUAUUUAUUUAUAUAUAUAUAUAUAUACACAUACACACACAUACACCGACAUUGUAACUGUUUUGCUUGUUGUCUCAGAAACAACCAAUCUUUUUCAUUAUAAUUUUCAUAUUUACAGUAAAUUGUAAGUCUAUUUUGGAUGUAAAACACCUUGUAAUUAAAAUACUUUUUUGUAGUAUUUAAAUAAAUUAGGAGGACAAUUAUGUAACAUUAUUUUAUACAUUUACUGUCCCUUUUAAUUACAGGGGGGAAAAGAGGGCAAAAUAAUCAAACUAUAUUGCACUAUGCAAAAUUAAUAAUUUUAUAUUAAAAUCUCAGUGUUUAUUGUCCCUUGAGUAUUAUUAGAAGUGCUUUCUUCAAACCAUAACAGCCAACUCUGAGUAUUUGUGGUGGGCCGUGUACACUUCCACUGUUUUCACCUAUCCAUUCAGUUAUCAUUUUUUUAAAUGUUUUGUUUUUUAUUUAUCUACUUUACUUUACAUAUAGGGCUAGAUUACAAGUGGAGUGGUAUUUGUCGCUUCCGCUAGAGUGUUAAUUGCGCUAGAAUUAAACUUUUUGCGCUCCGUGGAUUGCAUUGGUAUUAUAAGUUGAAAGUUGUUAUCCCUCUCGCGCUAACCCGACGAGCGCAAAUAUCUUCUAGCUCUAUUAGACUGUUGAGCAAACAAUAACCUAUUCCCCUAUAGAAGUCAAUGGAGAAAAAAAGUUGAAAAAAAACAAACACCCGACUUGUGCGCAAACAUGAUUGCAUAUUUUCAUAUGCGCGCACCCAAUCGCAUAUUAUAUUAUGCGCAUGUCUGUCAUAAAAAUAUGAAUAUUUCAUAAAUAUGCUUUUACAUGUUUUCAUCUACCUAACAGCAAAGGGCUCCAAUGCACGUAUAUAUUUGUCUAUAUAUGUGUACAUAUGUAUUUAUGUGUAUAUAUGUCUGUAAAUACAUAUACACACAUAUAAAUACUUAUGUACACAAAUAUAGACAUACAUAACUAUCUUUAGACAUGUAUAUGUAUGUAUCUCUAUGUUAAAGCCUUUUGCUUGACUUUUUUCCCCUAACACCUGGGAUCUCAUAUCUUUGAUCCUUUAUAACCUUUUUGUGCAUUUUUUAAAAAUAAUUUUUAUUUGAUAGUGUUAUUAUGAGUGUAACUGUACUUUGUAAUGUAUUUUUUUAUGUCUUUUGUGACACUUUUUUGACUUGUCAAACAGUUAACCACAUCUCUGAGGACACAGUAAUGAUUCCAACGUAAAUCGAGAUUGCGCUUAAUUUGUAACAUUAGCGCAAUUUAACCCGCCGUGCAAACAAUUGCGAAAACCCAAGCACAAUUGUUUGCACGCCACUUGUAAUCUAGCCCAAAAUAUUUGGGUUUAGCCAUUGUUGCUUGAUAAACAAAAUAUUUUCCCCCGUAAAAGGACUAUUUUAAAGGAACAUUGUACACUAGAAUUUUCUUUGCAUAAAUGUUUUGUAGAUGAUCCAUUUAUAUAGCCCAUAUGUGAGUGUUUUUGCAACAAUGUAUAGUUUUGCUUAUUUUUUAAUAACAUUGUGCUGAUUUUCAGACUCCUAACCAAGCCCCAAAGUAUCAGAUGUAGACUGUAUACUGUUUGUAUAAUUUAUUUUCUUAUGCAUGGAAGGGGGAUUGUCUGUUCUUCUUUAUUUCUAAGCCCCUUUCUGUGGGUGUCCCAGCCUAACCUCAUCAAAAGUGCUAAACUGAGAGCCAAUCCUUUAAUUAAAGGGACAGUAAAGUCAACAUGAUUCAUGUGUGUAAUUUUAAACAACUUUCCUAUUUACUCCAUAUCUAAUUUGUUUAGUUCUCAUGGUAGCCUUUGUUGAAACAUACCUAGGUAGUCUCAGGAGCAGCAAUACACUACUGAAAGCUAGCUGCUGUGUGUGUGUAGUUAUACAGUGAGGGAAAAAAUUAUUUGAUCCCAUACUGAUUUUGUACAUUUGCCCACUGACAAAGAAAUGAUCAGUCUAUAAUUUUAAUGGUAGGGUUAUUUGAACAGUGAGAGACAGAAUAACAGCAAAAAAUCCAGAAAACGCAUUUCAAAAAAGUUAUAAAUUGAUUUGUAUUUUAAUGAAUGAAAUAAGUAUUUGAUCCACUAUCAAUCAGCAAGAUUUCUGGCUCCCAGGUGUCUUUAAUGCAGGUAACGAGCAGAGAUUAGGAGCACUCUUUUAAAGGGAGUGCUCCUAAUCUCAGCUUGUUACCUGUAUAAAAGACACCUGUCCACAGAAGCAAUUAAUCAAUCAGAUUCCAAACUCUCCACGAUGUCCAAGACCAAAGAGCUGUCCAAGGAUGUCAGGGACAAGAUUCUAGACCUACACAAGACUGGAAUGGGCUACAAGACCAUCACCAAGCAGUUUGGUGAGAAGGUGACAACAGAUGGUGCGAUUUUUUGCAAAUGGAAGAAACACAAAAUAACUGUCAAUCUCCCUUGGUGGAAUAAGCCCAGAACUACACGGGAGGAUCUUGUCAAUGAUCUCAAGGCAGCAGGGACCAUAGUCACCAAGAAAACAAUUGGUAACACACUACGCUGUGAAAGACUGAAAUCCUGCAGUGCCUGCAAGGUUCCCCUGCUCAAGAAAGCACAUGUACAGGCCCGUCUGAAGUUUGCCAAUGAACAUCUGAAUGAUUCAGAGGAGAACUGGGUAGAAGUGUUAUGGUCAGAUGAGUCCGAAAUCGAGCUCUUUGGUAUAAACUCAACUCACCGUGUUUGGAGGAGGAAGAAUGUUGCCUAUGACCCCAAGAAACCAACCCCACUGUCAAACAUAGAGGAUGAAACGUUAUGCUUUGGGUGUUUUUCUGCUAAGGGGACAGGACAACUAACCGCAUCAAAAGGACAAUGGACGGGGCCAUGUACCGUCAAAUCUUGGAUGAGAACCUCCUUCCCUCAGUCAGGGCAUUGAAAAUGGGUCGUAAAUGGGUAUUCAAGCAUGACAAUGACACAAAACACACAGCCAAGGCAAACAAAAGAGUGGUUUAAGAAGAAGCACAUUAAGGUCCUGGAGUUGCCUAGCCAGUCUCCAGACCUUAAUCCCAUAGAAAAUCUGUGGAGGGAGCUGAAGGCUCGAUUCGCCAAACGUCAGCCUCAAAACCUUACUGACUUGGAGAGGAUCUGCAAAGAGGAGUGGGACAAAAUCCCUCCUGAGAUGUGUGCAAACCUGGUGGCCAACUACAAGAAACAUCUGACCUCUGUGAUUGCCAGCAAGGGUUUUGGCACCACGUCCUAAGUCCUGUUUUGCAAAGAGGUCAAAUAUUUAUUUCACUCAUUAAAAUGCAAAUCAAUUUAUAACUUUUUUUGAAAUACGUUUUUUCUGGAUUUUGUUGUUAUUUUGUCUCUCACUGUUCAAAUAAACCUACCAUUAAAAUUAUAGACUGAUCAUUUCUUUGUCAGUGGACAAACGUACAAAAUCAGCAGGGGAGCAAAUAUGUUUUUUCCUCACUGUGUGAGUAUGUAUAUAUGUCUGUGUGUGUGUAUAUAUAUAUAUAUAUAUAUAUAUAUAUAUAUAUAUAUAUACAGUAUCUCACAAAAGUGAGUACACCCCUCACAUUUUUGUAAAUAUUUUAUUAUAUCUUUUCAUGUGACAACACUGAAGAAAUGACACUUUGCUACAAUGUAAAGUAGUGAGUCUACAGCCUGUAUAGCAGUGUAAAUUUGCUGUCCCCUCAAAAUAAAUCAACACACAGCAAUUAAUGUCUAAACCGUUGGCAACAAAAGUGAGUAAACCCUUAAGUGGAAAUGUCCAAAUUGGGCCCAAAGUGUCAAUAUUUUGUGUUGCCACCAUUAAUUUCCAGCACUGCCUUAACCCUCUUGGGCAUGGAGUUCACCAGAACUUCACGGGUUGCCACUGGAGUCCUCCCACUCCUCCAUGAUGACAUCACAGAGUUGGUGGAUGUUAGAGACCAUGCGCUCCCCCACCUUCUGUUUGAGGAUGUCCCACAGAUGCUCAAUGGGGUUUAGGUCUGGAGACAUGCUUGGCCAGUCCAUCACCUUUACCCUCAGCUUCUUUAGGAAGGCAGUGGCCAUCUUGGAGGUGUAUUUGGGGUUGUUAUCAUGUUGGAAUACUGCCCUGCGGCCCAGUCUUCAAAGGAAGGGGAUCAACCUCUGCUUCAGUAUGUUACAGUACAUCUUGGCAUUCAUGGUUCCCUCAAUGUACUGUAGCUCCCCAGUGUCGGUAGCACUCAUGCAGGCCCAGACCAUGACACUCCCACCACCAUGCUUGACUGUACACAAGACACACUUGUCUUUGUACUCCUCACCUGGUUGCCGCCUCACACGCUUGACACCAUUUGAACCAAAUAAGUUUAUCUUGGUCUCAUCGGACCACAGGACAUGGUUCCAGUAGUCCAUGUCCUUAGUCUGCUUGUCUUCAGCAAACUGUUUGCGGGCUUUCUUGUGCAUCAUCUUUAGACGAGGCAUCCUUCUGGGACCACAGCCAUGCAGACUAAUUUUAUGCAGUGUGUGGGGCUUAUGGUCUGAGCACUGACAGGCUGACCCAUCCCUCACCCCUUCAACCUCUGCAGCAAUGCUGGCAGCAAUCAUACGUCUAUUUCCCAAAGACAACCUCUGGAUAUGAUGCUGAGCACAUUAACUCAACUUCUUUGAUCGACCAUGGCAAGGCCUGUUCUUAGUGGAACCUGUCCUGUGAAACCGCUCUAUGUUCUUGCCCACCAUGCUGCAGCUCAGUUUCAGGGUCUUGGCAAUCUUCUUAUAGCCUAGGCCAUCUUUAUGUAGAGCAACAAUUCUUUUUUUCAGAUCCUCAGAGAGUUCUUUGCCAUGAGGUGCCAUGUUGAGCUUCCAGUGACCAGUAUGAGAGAGUGUGAGAGCAAUAAGACCAAAUUUAACACACCUGCUCCUGAGACCUUGUAACACUAAUGAGUCACAUGACACCGGGGAGGGAAAAUGGCUAAUUGGGCCCAAUUUGGACAUUUCCACUUGUAGGGGUGUACUCAUUUUUGUUGCCAACGGUUUAGACAUUACUGGCUGUGUGUUGAGUUAUUUUGAGGGGACAGCAAAUUGACAAUGUUAUACAGGCUGUACACUCAAUACUUUACAUUGUAGCAAAGUGUAAUUUCUUCAGUGUUGUUGCAUGAGAAGAUAAAAUAUUUACAAAAAUGUGAGGGGUGUACUCACUUUUGUGAGAUACUGUGUGUAUAUAUAUAUAUAUAUAUAUAUAUAUAUAUAUAUAUAUAUUGGCCUAUUGCAUCAAUGUUUUAAUGUAUUAAUGACUAUUGAACUCAUACGAAAUAGUUAUUGGAAAGAGAAAGGGAUGAGAAAGAAAGGAAAAAGGAUUUUUUUUCACAAAGAUAUUUUUUUUAACUAAUUGUAUUUUUUCACAGAAACAUAUAUUGUAAUAUUUUUUUUUCCUCACAAAGAAGAUUUCUAAUGUAGGAUCCUGUUACAAAUUAUUUUAAGCAGCAUUUCUGGUAUUAUAUAAAUUCUCAGAUAACAUUGUGAAGUAUGGUUUUGUCUUCCAAAUUUAAAACAUACUAUAACUCUAGCAAAAUGAAUUCCAGGAUCUUCUGUAGACAAUGAAAAAAACCCAGCAAUUAAAGUUAUUCUUUCAUAUAAACAAGAAGACUUUUGGACAGAUUACAAUUGGAGCGCAAAAUAAUGCUGGUUAUUUAUGGUUAUUUAUCGCGUGCCCGUAAACGGGCAAAUUUGCCUGUUUGCGUGCGCGUGAUAAAUUAGCGCUCCACUUGUAAUCUGGCCCAUUGAGUCUUAUUUUUUAAAACUAUUCUUCUGGAUUGAUUUGCGCAUUACAUUUGGUGCACUGGAAACUGGUUAUAUGGAUGUUUGUGUAAGAUAUAUACAGUACACUCUAAUUACUUGGCAUCAUUUCUGUGGGCACUAAUUAUUCUGUAACAAUGUUAAACAUAUUUUACUUUUUAAAUGAGAGGCUGCACUGGAAAUAUGUAUUUAUUUAUUUUGUUUACAGGGACAGUAAAUACAUGUAAGACAUUAAAUUAAUAAAAUAGACAUAUAUACAUCUAUAUAAACAAACUUUGAAUGAGCAAUUAAUUAGCAAAAUUAGGAUGCACAAAUGUGGUGUGUGUACACAAACAUUACACAUAAAUCAGCUAUUUGUAAAGGCUAUGCAGGUAGGAGCUAAUUGCAAGAAGAUGACCUAUUAGUGUGUGGAAAGUGGUCACUACAUAGUGGGGGUGGGGAAAUUAUAAAGUCACAUCGCAAGCAGCAUAUAAGGACAUGCUUUGAAAUCCAAUUCAUGGGUCAGACAACCGUGUUUCUAACAAGAUGAUUAUUUAUUGAUUGCCUGAUUUUAUUUUCCAUUCCUGAAAUAUCAUAAGGUAUUACAAGAGGGACUUAAAAUUAAAAAAAAAAAUCAAUCAGAAAGAUUUGGGAGAUUUUAAACAAUGAAGGAAACGCAAUGUCAUGUUUUAUAAAUAAAAUAUUAUAAACAUU